CCUGGCCGUGCUGUAGCCGUCUAUCUGUUGAGCGAGCAACCGUCAGCAACGAUUUGAUAAGGCCCAUUCGUUGUUGUCACCACUCUCCAACACGUAUGAGCAGGAUGUCUGGACGCCUAGGGUGUCCAUCGUCGUCAGAGCAAUACGGACUGUUCAGAGUGCAACCAGAAAGAUGUGAAUCUCCCGAUCAGAGCUGCGCAGAAUGUGCCACCUGCGCUUCGACCCCAGAUUUGCCUCUAUAUAUCUCAAGAGACGACUUCGCGAUGGUAUUUUGUUGAUCGCCCCGGAUAUGAGAAUAACACAUGUGGCCUGUGCCUGGCUCGUGCCUGAAUGCGAAUGGCCUUGUACUCAAGCCACCGAACUGCCACACUGCUUCCAGACUCUGAGGUGCACUCGGCUGCUCAGUCUUGUCCUGCGUCAUAUCCUUAAGCGAGAUGGUGUAUAUCUCCACAAUUUUUUCGCGAUCUUCAAGUGGCGAUGUUACCCAGACAUUUGGAGGUGCAUCGGGGCCCAGCCACACCCAGAGGACUCCACUCCGACGGCAGCUGAACCAGAUAAGAACCCUGGCUUUUGGUCGUCUCUUUGCUUGGCGGUGGCUGACUUAUCAACAGCACAUGACGGAUUUGCGUAUGGCUCCCGAAAAGCGACUGUUCCUAGGAAUCCUGUCGCGCGUAUGUGCCCUAUGAUCUUUCGACGCCAUCUGUUCAUCGGCAACAUUUACCAUCUGUUCCAAUGUCACCGUCAGAGUUGACAACCUGCCGGAUUGCCGAAAGCUAUGACGCACAUUUUCGGAGGGUGUCCCGAUCGCUGUAGAUCUGCCUCAACAAUUGUAUUCAUUGUCCUCACAAACACCGAGCACUGAAGCCAGCCUCGGCUCAUGCUAAAUGACAACAUACCUCAGGAACAGACCGGUCCCU